CUGCACAUUCAAUCAUCAAAUAAAAUAAAAUAUAAAAUCAAUAUAUAUAUUCCUCCCCAAAUUCAACCUCUGUAUUCCAAUUUGAAUUUCAAUUUCCAUUCCAACUGUUAUAGCAGAAUGGAGAAGCAGCCUGGUGCUGUGGAUUUCAAAGUUGGCCAACUGGCGGAAUUGAGAACCUUCCAGACAGGAUAUCGUGGUGCCUGGUUCCGUUGCAAGAUCUUGAAUAUCAUCCCGGAAAAGAUGAAGGUCAACCUGCAGUACUACGAUUUUGACCAAGAAAAGCCAAGCUGGGAACCGAUUUACAAAGCACCUCCUCAUGGCAGGAAGACAAGGCAGUUUAAAAAACAACUGAUGUUGCGGCCUCGUUAUCCUCCAAUGUAUCAUAUAAGUGAAGUGCCUCCUGCCAAAUCAAUUUCAGAAGUUUGUGUUGUGAUAAAUGGUAGAUGGAAGGUUGGGGAUACGGUGGACUGGUAUUUUGACAGUAUUUAUUGGUCUGCAAGGGUGAUCAAAGUAUUGAGCGACGUUGAGGUUCAGAUAGAGUUGCCAAUGCCUCCAGCAGGAGAAGGCCAAGUUUAUGAUGCAUACUGUAAGGAUUUACGCCCGUUCUUAGAUUGGUCAGAAAGAGAAGGCUGGACAUUGCCUACCGUGGGAGGCGAGACUUCAGGCAAUGCACAACUUAUCUUUCCAUCAAAACAAGAAGUUGAGAAUGCUGCUUGUUCACCUCUCAAUGUAUCUUCCAGCACACGUAUAUCAGCGGAGGGAGGUUCAGAAAGACAGAGUAAAGAUGUAAAUUUGGAUAAUAAUUUUAUGGAGGGAGAUAUGAAGAAACAGAGUUCAGCUCAUGUGGAUACUGCUAUUUCUGAAGAAAAGGUGCAGAGUGAAGAUGUAAAAAUGGAUGAUGAUUUUACAGAGGGAGAUACCCAAGAACAGAGCUCAUAUCCCGUGGAUACUGUUAUCUGUGAGAAAAACAUGCAGAAUACAGAUGUGGAAAUGGUUGUUGACUUUGCGGUGAGAGAUACAAAAAAACAGAGUUCAGAUCCCGUGGAUGCUGUUAUCGUAUAUGAAAAAGAGCAGAGUAAAGAUGUAAAAAUGGACGAUGAAUUUGUGUUGGCACAUACAGAAAAACAGAGUUCAGAUCUUGUGCAUACUGUUAUGGAGGAAAAAGUGCAGUGUGAGGAUGUGAAAAUGAAUGAUGAUGGUGUUGAAGAGAGUGUGUGUGCGGAAGAGUCAGCAGUAGAUGAAUGUGAUAUUGACCGUGGCACAAGCUUGAACAUAAUGCAUGAGUACACACUGGAAGCAGCUGUUACUGACCUGGAGGAACUUGCUAACAAAAUCAAAUGGCUGAAGGCCAUUCUAAAUAACAAUGGCAAUCAAUCAACUAUUAAUCAUACCCCGUCUUGGAAGCUUGAGCCCUUCCUAUCACAUUAGCCUAAAGAUGUGAUCAAGGAGAAAUCAAAUAAUCAAGAGUUGUUUAGCAUUUUAGUAUUCAAUCAUAAGAAACUUUUGAUAAAAAGGAAAAAAAUUAUUGCUGUAGAAAUUUGUUGUAACCAAACAAAUCUAUGAUACCUGUUCGAAAAGAAAAUGAUGAUAGUUGUUAAAAACAAGAAAAUUCAAUAUACAAAAUCGCUCAUUGCUCUCAUA